CUGUCUGCCCGCAUGCCGGCGUGGCUGGUCCCGUACGGCGAGCUUGCGCGCUGGGAUCGCCCGAUCGGGACGUGGCUGUUGCUCUGGCCCUGCCUUUGGUCGAUAGCGCUCGCGGCGCCGGCCGGCACGCCGCCAGACCCGCUGCUGUGCAGUCUGUUUGCGGCGGGCGCGGUGGCCAUGCGCGGCGCCGGCUGCACGGUCAACGACCUGUGGGACCGCGACUUUGACCGGCGUGUCGAGCGAACGCGCCACCGACCCCUCGCACGCGGCGCGCUCCAGCCGGUCACGCCAGCGCUGCGCCUCCAGGCGAUCGGCUUCCUGGGCGCGCAGCUCAGCGUCGCGCUGGGCGUGCUUCUCGCGCUGCCGUUGCCUGCGGUUGCGGCGGGGCUGGCUAGCACGCCUCUAUGGGUGCUCUACCCUCUCGCCAAGCGGGUCACGGACUGGCCUCAGGCAGCCGAGAUGCCCAGCGCACGCUCG